GUCAAGCAUGUGAUGAGGGCUUCAGGAGCCGGAGAGGCUUAUAAAAGGAGGGCCACUCCCAGGCCAGGGAUCCUCCUCUCCACAGAGCCCCUGGCUGGAGGAGGCAUCCUGCUGGCACCUGCUUCGCAAAGGAGAGCGUCUUGCUGCCCACCAGGAUGCAGAGCGGCGGGCGCUGGCUGCUGCUGCUGCUGCUGCUGCCGGCCCUCCUGAGGAGCCAGGCCCAAGCGCAGAGCUUCCACAUGGGCAAGUGCCCCGACCCCCCAGUCCAGGAGGUCUUUGACGUCACCAAGUAUCUGGGGUCCUGGUACGAGAUCGAGAAGCUGCCCGCCAGUUUUGAAAAAGGCAGCUGCGUCCAGGCGAAUUACUCGCGGAAGGAAAACGGGAAGAUCCACGUGUCGAACAAAGAGCUCCUCUCCGACCACACGGAGAACAAGAUCGAGGGAGAAGCCUUCCAAGCGGACCCCGGCGAGCCGGCCAAGCUGCACGUCAAGUUCAACUGGUUGAUGCCCGCAGCCCCUUACUGGGUCAUCUCCACCGACUACGACAACUACUCCCUGGUGUACUCCUGCACGCCGUUCCUCUGGCUCUUCCACGUGGACUAUGCCUGGAUCAUGUCCAGGACGCGCCAGCUGCACCCGGAGACCGUGGAGCACCUGAAGAGCAUCCUCCAGUCCUAUGGGGUCGACACGGCCCGGAUGAGACCCACCGACCAAAUGGACUGCCCUCCUGACAUGUAGCCGGUGGGGCCGCAGGCUGCCCAGGCACGGGGGCGCGCUCUUCUCCGCCCGCUCGCUUCUGAUGCCAAACCGCAAAUCCUUCGCUGCUGGUUGGUCGGCUUUCCGCUGGUGUUGGGGGGGGGGGGCUGCUGCUGCUGCUGCUGCCGCCUGGGAACUUCCGGAGAGGGCUUCGCACUCCUGCCUCUUCCUCACUGUGGAUUCCUGGGGCGGGGGGGGGGGGGGCAAGGGCAAGGAGCCGGUGCUUCUGGCAAACCCGCCAGGCCCAGGUCUCUUCGGAGGAAACGCCCGUCUUCCUGCUCAGAAUAAACUAUGCCAAUCAAGCAUAUCGCUUCUAA